CAAAAUGGAAGAGGCAAGGGUAGUAGUAUCAACUUCUUGGCAGCAAAGCCUCCAAAACGAAAAGUACAAAAACUGGCUUAAAGUCACCCAUGCUCUUUCUAUUACGUGUGCAGGAAUACGACCAUACACAGAAAGAGAAGCGAAGGCAUUCCAUGGCAUAGUGACAGCCAGCCUUCAAGGACUUCCUCUCUGUACAUGUACUUACACGAGASAUCCUUUUCAUAAUAYRAYUACCUGCUUGUGGGCUAAGGAGCURUUGAAGUAUCACACAAAARGAAAGCCAACAUGGARUCAAAGUGAUGCUUCACUAUGGAAUGAYCCCARUGUUGGUCACUGGGAAGUAGCCAAGCUGUACAUGCCAUACGGUUGUGCYAAAGGRAAUUCCUGUGCAGAGACUGAUGCUACUGGGCUCCUGAAUCUUUUGUMCKKGUGUAAMUAUUAUAAAAUUGACAGYAMACUUGUARARAAAGUUAAAGACACAAGAAAUGCWUGGGCACACGCAGCAAYACAGGAGCUUGACGCAGCUAACACAACUGAUGCAUUGCUGUCCAUGAAAAAUUUUCUGCAAGAUGCAGWGCUGAUUGGCGAYGCYRAUGCURCUGAUGCAUUAAACGAAAUMAUUGCAUUAGAGAAURAUGAUCUGAUUGACUUUAARGACUUGGAAACUAAAGUGGUCAAUGAAUUAAGAAAAUCAAUGACGUCCAUGAAGGAUGAACUUGUUGGAAAAAUUGACUCUAUGAAAGGCCAAGAAGAUAUUCAUGCUAAUGAAAUCAAAGAAGAAAUCGAAUGUGUCAAAACAAUGGUUAGUUACUGYAUGAAAGUUGGACAAGAAAGAGAAGAUGUUCUAUCAAAUAAUACAAGUGUUCUUUGUAAUAUACAAGAUCAAAUGGAUGUUUUACUGCACAGAUUGGAAAACCUAGASAGCAAUAAUGAAGAAAGGUCCAGGGAAAACAGCACCGUUAAAGCUAUGAAGUAUUCUUUAAAACAUCUGUCAUUGUGGGCCAUUAUUUUUAUUCUCAAGGUGCUGAGAGCUAUUCCAAGAAAAGUUAUAAUAAUGAUAUUUUUGCUUGGUGCUAUUACAACUUUGGAUGAMAAUUUAGACGAAAUUGGUUGUAGUGCAAGAACAAAAUCUGCAGACGUCAAUGGUUUGAUGGAGAUAGACUUUACUAGACAUCUUAAUCGGGCAAGGGAAGGCUUCGUUGGACGUCAGUGGCUUUUUAAAGGCAUUUCAAAUUCUCUUGAAAAUGACGAAUUUAAGGGGGUCAUGAUUAUUGCAGCACCAGGGUUUGGCAAGUCUGCUCUAAUKUCAAAUCUCAUCUGCUCUAAGCUAUCAAGCUUCUCAUUGCACAGCAAAAUCCUGGGGUAUCAUCUUUGUAUUCAUUCACAUAAAAACACACAAAAUGGUGCUAAGUUUGUUCGUAAUUUAGAAAGCAUGAUAGCCGGAAGAUUACAAGAAUAUGAAAGUUUAGUAWUGAAUGAUAAAUUCAUACAGAGAGUCCUUGAAAAUGAGCAGUGCWCGAGCGAUCCAACGGCAUGCUUUGAGCAGGGAAUUCUUACUCCAUUGUCAAGACUUCGACUAAGAUUUUUGGAGCCAACAAUGUACAUUGUUAUUGAUGCRCUGGAUGAGUGCUACAAUGAGAACGAGCAAGGCAAAGGAACAUCGAUUGUGAAUAUCUUAAGCAACAACAUGAAAAUGUUUCCCAACUGGCUUAAAGUUAUUGUAACAUCAAGAAACGUAACAGAUAUUCGAAGAACGUUUAGUAGUCUCGAUGUUAUGGAUUUCUUGCCAGAAGACCCAAGAAAUCUGCAAGAUAUCGAACGUUUUAUCUUUUCACAAUUACGUUAUUCUUUCCUGUUUCAAAUGAAAAGUUUUGUUGUUGAUGAUUUUUCAAUCCAAGCCAUGGUUAACAAAAGCCAAGGAAAUUUCUUGUACAWUAAACUUGUCCUGRAGUACUUGCAGACCAAAGGAGUUAGCGCAGCGACCUGGAACUCUUUACCAACAUCACUGACUGAAUGGUUGACGAGUAACUCUAACAGAGGCGGAAGGUUUUACGUAGACGUAAAGAAAGGAAACCAAUUGCUUGCAGAUUACUAUUUUAAGAASAUCCACGAAAAAUCCGUCAACAUCACUACCCAGUUUGUAUACAACCUUGCAACUUAUAUCGUAAGAGGCUCAAGCACAAAACAACAUGUAUACGAUUUUAAAAAUCUUAAUCAAAAAAUGGUCCAAGUAUGUGACACCAGCACAAAUAUUACAGCGCUCCACAUUGCAGCAGGCGAAGAAAACGAAADAACUGUGGCUCUCCUUCUUAAUUUUUUUGAAAAUGUAGACAUUGAAGAUAACAAGGGUCGCACCCCAGCGUUCUACGCCGCAAGGUUUGAUCGUGUAUCCAAUCUUCGCUUACUUUACCAAAAAGGAACCUCAUUAGCACAUACGACAUCAACGCUAACAUGUGGUAAUCCCAACGCAGAAGAAGACGAUGUUCAAGAUUGUGAACAUCAGAUGUGCGGRUACAGUUUGUUGCAUGUUGCUUCUCAAAGAGGUCACCACCAAACUAUGAAGUUUCUUCUUGAGAAUAAUGUCAGUGUCUCCACUUUGUCAGGAUCSGGUUACAGUGCAUUGCAUCUURCUGCCAAGUACAAUCAUUCUGAAACGAUCAAGACUCUAAUGGAACAUGGUGCAGUUCCUGAUAGUAGAUGUCUCUAUUAUGCUGCUAUGAACGGGAAUUCUAUGGCUAUACGUGUUUUUCUCGAGAAUGGAGCUGAAGACACUUGCAUGAAUUGUAAUGAGAUGUCCAAUGGUUAUUUCAAAGGGCAAUGCCAUUUUCUUAAUCUUGAAGACCGCCAAAACUAUAGACAAGAUUGUAAUACAGCUUUGCAUAUUGCUGCUAUCAAAAACUUGUCCAAAAUUGCGAAGUUGCUUCUUAAAUCAACUAAAAAGGCAGUCCAUUGCAUAAACUUCUAUGGAAAGGAUCCACUGCUUGAAGCAGUUGAGAAAAGGCACUUGAAAGUGACAAAAUUGCUUUUAAAGUCAGGAGCAAACCCCUCCAGCAUCUGCAACUAUUAUUCAAUACUGGACUCYUURCCUUUCUCUUGGCCUUGUGGCUACACGCCGCUGCACGUGGCAGYAMACAGCGGCGCUGCUGCCAUAGCAAACUUACUCYUGAAAUACAAAGCUGAUCAUAAUGCCAGAGAUUGCGAAGGCCUGCAGCCAAUUCACGUUGCAUCAUGCUAUGGACAUGCAGAUAUUUUGUCUAUUCUUGUGGAAAAAGGCGCAGAUAUCAACAGUAAAGGUCCAAAUGAUAUGACUCCCAUCCAUUAUGCUUGUAAGUGUCAGAAUGAUGGGAUUUUUGACAAACUGUUUGAACUUGGAGCUAAUGGUACUGCCAUAACCUCAGAUGGAAACACAUCAAUCCACUAUAUUAUUCAAAAGCAUUCUAUUGACGAAGAAUUCUAUUUAAUGGAUCCAUACGUUGCGACCCCAAUUGAGCCAAUAGAUGCAAAUUAUAGAAGUGUCAUCGAGAAUCCAUUCAAGCACAAGUACCCUUGGAUGAUCUCUAUGAUCAGGUUUCUGGCAAGCUUUACGAAAGGAAAAUCAUAUGACUUGGAAUCGAUGUAUCGUCUGAAAUUGAUGACACUUUUUGUAGAUAUCAUUUCAAAUGYCUCAAAAUCAAUGCUUGCUACUCUAGAGACCUCGAGUUGGAAGUUUGUUGCGCUCACGUCACCUUUGUUUUACGCUUAUGACAUCGGUGUGAUAUCUGAUAGCCAGAAUUUAAAGGACAAGUUAGAAUCUAUGUCAGAGGCUCAUAAAUUGCUUUUUAAAGCCUUAAUUCGUGAUGAUACUGAUUGUGCCUCUGUAAUAUCUUUUAUAGAGCUCAAUCUGAUAUACUAUUUCGAUUACUUGUUGGGCAUUGGCUAUGAUGUUAAUUGUAAUGACUUAGAGUCGUCAUCAAGACCUCUUCUUGCUUAUCUAAGACAAGGGGGGCGCAACAUGGCCAAAGUACUUGUAAAACAUGGUGUUACUGUUGAUAUACGAUGUGGAGAAUUAUUUGAGGAUUCUGCAUUCCAUCUUGCUGCCUACCACAAGGUACACUAUCUGCAGUACUUAUCAGUAUUUCGAGAUCCAGUCAAGUGGGUAGAAUAUCUCGAGCAAGAAAAUGCUUUAUUUGAUUACUUGUUUGAUGAAUACGAUAAAAUAACCGUAGGGGAACAAGUGAAAGUAGUAAGAGUACGCGAUGGACCUGUUACUAAAGCCAUCAAAUCACAUCCCCGAGGUUACAAGAUCAUCGAUGAAUGUCUUGAUGAUGAAGGCUAUACAGCUCUUCACCGAGCAGCUCAAGGAGGCAAUGUUGUUGCUGUCAAACACCUUUUGGAUUGGGGAGCCGAUGCUACCAAAGAAAGUCCAGAAGGAUUUGACGCUUUGACUCUUGCAAUUUGGUAUGCCGUCAAAUACCGUCCAUAUUUCAAUUUCCACAAGCUAAAUCUUUUAACAUCCCUAGAAAUCGAAUUUGCGUCUUUUACUGCAAGUGCUAUUUUAAGCCACUUAACAAGAGACAAUCCAUUUCAUGUAGGCUGUGAUGCCACCAAAAAGGCUCCUACAAUCUUACAUUUAGCAGCCACUCGAGGAAUGUGGAGGUUCAUUGACGACUUGUUCGUUGCCAGAGGCCACUACAAAGUCACUGGUUUAACUGCUAAUUGUCCCACAAGGGAUAACAUCACGCCCAUGUACUUAGCCAAGCUGCAUGGUGGGGAAGAUUGCGACUGGGAUAAUCCUUGGUGUAAGGUUGUUGGGGUGUUACUUAAGUAUGGGGCAUCCAUGAUUUACCCAGAUCCACUGACAGAAUACUCGUUGGUUUUUAAUUUUUUGUUUCAUGAAGUUCCUGGAAGAUUGGAUCUUCAUUUAGAUAAAGAGGAACUAAAAAUGCUACAAGACGUUAUGAAAGAAUUCAUUCGAUGUAGCGACUUUGAGGACUUUGAUAUCACAGAUGUUUUUGAGAGCGAUAUAGUUUUUCUUCCGACAAGUAUUUCCAACAUCUAUGUAUAUAGGAACGGCAUCCAGAAAUUGUUUUUAGACGCCACACAUCCUCUUUUUAAAACAGUUGAUGAAUUUGAAAGAAUGAGAAAUAUCUUCAAUCAUUUUUUAACACUUGAGCUAAAUGAGCUCAGGUCAAUCUUUGUCUACUUAAAAAACAUGGAUGACGUAACACUAAGGUGUAUAAGACCGAACUAUCAAGACCAACCACGUCAGAUCUCAGAAGAACAAAGUAAGAGUGACAUGAUGUAUCCCGAAGAAUUCAUAAAACUUUUAAAUGAUUUAGAACGAGAACGUCUUAUGACCGAUAUAAGAAAGACGUCAAUAUCAUUUCCGCCCCAUGAAUAUACUGCAGCGGCACUAAAUUUAAACAUGUGUUCRCCAGAAGCAGCAGCUAAGAUGUUCGAAACCAUUGAAAGUUGCCUUGAUAAUAAUCGUCAAGUUUUUAGAAAUUACCGAAAAUCAUUAAGCCGGGAACUAAAAACUGCAAAACAAGUUUUUCAGCAAUACUUAUUGGAACUUGGAAGAUCGGAUUCUUCGGUAAUAAGAACUUUGAAAAGCUACGAAAAAAACCUGACAUGUCCAAUUAAAAUGAUCACAUACCAAUAUCUAAAGAUGAAGUUUCUAUUAAAAACUAUCAGAUUUUGGGACAGGCAAGUACGUAAAAUAUCUGUUUAUCCAAGUAUAUCGAAAUUUGUGGCACAACGAAUUACAGAUGUCUUUCUAAAUGACAAUGCUAAAGAAAUGACCAGAUUUAUACUUGAACUAGCUUCUAAAACUCCUUCGGAUAAAUACAAGUACCUAAAAAUGUUGAGGUUUACAAAAGCACCCAUGUUUGACAGGACGCUCUUUAAUAGAGAUUAAGAUUAGCGAUUUAAUAUCUUUUAGGGUACUGAUGGCGCGCAUUCCUUCCCAUGAGAAUGAAAGGACAAAAGAUGUGACCGACAUGUUGGUUUAAAUAACAAAACAAACAAAAAGUCGACUACGACGUCACAUGCACCCCAAGAGAUGAAAUUGACAUUUAGAACUCUGGUAUUAGAGUGAACCGUGAACAUUAAAUAGUACUAAUUAGUACUAUUUCAUACAGAAUUCUUUGUUUUCUAUUGCUUAAUUAUCACUAUUUAGUGCUAAAAAUUAGUAUUUGUUUCACGGA